AUGUCAAAGUUUAAAGUUUCAUUAUUGGUGCCUUCUGUCAAAGAGCUUGCAAAGAAGCCCAACUUACAAGUUCCAGAACAAUAUCUUUAUCCAAAUCAAGACUCUAUUCUUGUAUCGAAUACAACUUCUUUACCACAAGUCCCCGUUAUCGACCUUAGUAAAUUGUCAUCUGAAGAUUCAAUCGAGCUAGAGAAGCUCGACCUUGCAUGUAAAGAAUGGGGCUUCUUCCAGUUGAUUAAUCAUGGAGUUGAUCAAUCAUUGGUCGAAAAUGUGAAGAUAGGUGUUCCGGAGUUCUUAAGUCUUCCAUUUGAAGAGAAGAAGAAAUUAUGGCAAACUCCAGAUGACAUGGAAGGGUUUGGUCAAUUGUUUGUUGUGUCUGAGAAUCAGAAGUUAGAAUGGGCUGAUUUAUUUUUCACUACGACACUUCCAUCCUAUGCGAGGAAUCCUCGCAUAUUUCCAAAUAUUCCCAGGCGAUUAAGAGAUAAUUUAGAAACCUAUUGUUUAGAAUUGAAAAGAGUUUGCAUCACCACCAUCAAACAUAUCGAAAAAGCUCUUAAAGUUAAACCAAAUGAAAUGGUAGAGAUAUUUGAUGAUAUAGCUCAAACAAUGAGAGUGAAUUACUACCCUCCAUGUCCACAACCAGAAAAUGUUAUUGGACUAAAUCCUCAUUCUGAUGCUGCUGCCUUAACCAUCCUACUCCAAGCCUGUGACGUUGAAGGCCUGCAAAUAAAAAAAGAUGGACAAUGGAUUCCUAUUAAACCACUCAUCAAUGCUUUUGUCAUAAACGUCGGAGACAUUUUGGAGAUACUGACCAACGGAAUUUACCGGAGUAUCGAGCAUCGGGCAACAGUUAACUCACAGAAAGAGAGGAUUUCAAUUGCAUCAUUUCACAAACCUCAAAUGAGCAAAGUUAUAGGUCCAACACCAACACUUGUUACUCCUGAAAGGCCUGCAUUGUUCAAAACAUUUAGUGUAGAAGAUUACUACAAAGCGUAUUUUUCUAGACGUCUACAGGGGAAAUCAUGCCUGGAUCUUAUGAGAAUCUAA